AUGGAGCUUGAUCUGUUCGCAGAGGUCCUCUGCGAUGCGGACCCUGCACUGCUGCUGGGAGGUGCAGCAGGCGCCGGGGGGGCGCACGACUUCGGCCGCGCUGGUCGAGCAGUGGCCUGGCUGGCCGAUGUUGGUUCUGCAAUCUUCCAGACAGGCUCGAAGAAGCGACAAGGCCCUGCCGGCGCUGGCACGGAGCCUUCAGAUCGACUUGCGCAGCUUCAACCAGCCUUGAAGCUGGUGGCGGACUUGUUGGAGGCUUCGCCGGAAAGCAAAGGCUCCACUCUGGUGGCCGCGGCAUUGGACGCCCUCCGAGAAGGUGAGCUCCGAGUGCUCGAGCUACUUGCAUUCCGAGAGAACUCACUAUGUGGCCAUUGUGAACCACACAAGCAAGAUGCGACGAGUCUGCACAGGAGCUCAACUGAGCCAGCUGCUUUCCGGUGGAUCGACGUCUUCAAGUUCACCUGCUCCAACGCAGCACUGGCAAACGUUUGGUUGCCCGAGACUGUCCUCACGAUCCUAAGCCGGUGA